UUCUAGCGCAUCCAUUGACCAUGCCCCAUGCCGUUUACUGCAAUGGCGGUAUAGAUAUUUCACAAAGAAGAAAGUGGAUUUUAUGUAAAGAUGAUCACGAUUUGAAUGGGCAAGGUCUAGUUGUACUUUUAUAGCCUACAGAAUUCAGUUUCUUCCAUAUUGAUCAGUGUACUAGCCAAUAUAACAUAAUUUUACAUUUAAAAAGUAAAAGAUCCAGUUACCGAUGAUUAUUGUUCCUCGAGGAGUUUAUCGCCUUACACGAAUAGGACGCCAAAGAAUUCGCGGUAAUCGUUCCCGACAUCUUAGGUUAGGACGAUUUUAUCUAUUGUUUAGUAAUUCUCUGUAAUUUUAAUAUUGUAAUAUUUGAUAUUUUGUUAUCUGAAUGGACGACAACGUAAAUGUCUCAGAAGUAGAAAAUAUUUCAAUGAUUGGAUCGUCUGGAAUUUUUCACCUGCCUGAGGUCCCAGAGAUAUCAGAGGUAUUAGAAUCUACUGGUCUCAGUCCAUUGACAUCUUCCUUAGAUCAUACGCUUACUCUUCAAGAGGAUAAAUUACUUUCAUCUGAAGUUAAUAUGGGUAUAGAAGAUACAUGGACGGAAGCGAAUAGUUCUACGUCAGAUUAUGCCAUUCCACUUCCACCACCACCCGGUUUAAUUGAUAUCGCAGGCAUUGGUGCAGAUCCUAUCGGCGAUAGCGGAACGGGUAUAGAACACGGUCCAUUCUUACCACCUGGUGCUCCAGCUUUAAACAAUUUGUUUUCGGAAGGAGGAGAUUCUCAAGAUGAUUCGCCGAUGGAGGAUGUAGUUUUACGCGCGGGUGUAUGCGGUCUACAUAAUCUUGGUAAUACUUGUUUUAUGGCUGCUGGUUUGCAAUGUUUAACUGCAACCCCACCCGUUCUGCGACAUUUUUUGGAUUUACAGCAGAGGGGGGAGAAAUUACCUCCUCCAGGAUCGCUGAUGGCACAUUUUAGCGUGCUCCUUGGAAAAAUGUGGUCUGGCAGAUACAGUGUCCUCAGGCCAACUGAAUUUAAGCAAACCUUAGGGGCGUAUCACUCACAAUUUAAAGAUUACAGACAGCACGAUUGUCAAGAAUUUCUUGCACUUCUAUUGGACUCGUUACACGAGCAAAUGAACACAGCGAAGUGUACAAAGAAUUGUCAAACUCCAUCGUCUACAACGACUGCCAACUCGAUUAAUUCAGUUGAGAAUGCAAAUGGAAAAGUCAUGUCUCCGGUCACUAGUAAUUCUAACUGUAAUACAGAUUUGUUGGAGAUGUAUGAUUGUUUGCCAUCGCCGGAAUGUCCCAAUAGUCCUAAUGUCACAAUGGCUGGUUCUCCCAGAGAUUUAGAUUCGCCAAUAGCCGAGUUGGAUAGCGUUGCAAAUUCACCCCGUGGAUCACCUUUCAACGAUGGCGAUGGCGAUGACGAUGAAGAGACUCUUGAUUCCGAUGAAACUGUUGAAGUAAAAGCAAACACUUUCAUUCAUAAUAAAGUUGACGACAAAGGAAAUGACGUUACACCUUCGUUGAGACUGGAUACGUUAAUCGAACUUUCGAAAAACGUUCCCAAAUAUCACGGGCUUUACGACAUUCAUAAAGAAGCGAAAACUAGCAAUGCGAAUUUCUUAGUGACGCAACAGGAAUGCAACAAUGAGAUUCAUUAUGAUUCUCAAAAGUUUCCAAAAGAAAACGCUCGAAGAAUGCCUUUGGACAACUCAAAUCUAAUGGAGAAUCAUGAUUUCGACAAUAAAAGUGUCAGUGUGAAAAGAAUAAAAGAAGUUAACGUUCAAAAAGUCAAUUGUGGUGUAGAUUACGCGUCAAGCGGUUCCGAUAUAGAGUACGACAACGGUUUAGAAAAAUGUAAUGUAAAACGAAUGAGACUCGAUGAUCAAGAGAAGAAUCAUAAACGCGACGGUCUUGGAAGCAUUAGUACUCAAUGCACACGGGUUCAAAGUUACGGAAACGGUGCUAUAGCGGCACAAGAUGAGAUCGAGGCGGAUAAACAUUGGGCAAAACACUUAAGGUCUAAUAGGAGUAUUAUCGUCGAUACUUUUCAGGGACAGUUUAAGAGCAAGGUUGUUUGCGCGGUAUGUAAGCACGUUUCUGUUACGUAUGAGCCUUUUAUGUAUUUAUCAGUGCCUCUACCCCAUGCAAUGGAAAGACAGUUGAACGUUACAUACGUACCUGCUAAUGGCGAUCAACCUAUAAAAUGUGUUGUUUCGUUAAACAAGCAAUCGCGCAUUGGAAAAUUGAAAGAAGAACUUUUAAAAACGCUCGACAAGGAAAACAUUGCAGUAGCAAAUAUUGCCCUUGCCGAAGUUCUAGAAAAUCAUAUAUCAAAGAUUCUGGAUGACAAUAUACUGUUGAGACACAUCAAUGAUACGAAUCGAUCUAUAUACGCCUUUGAACUCACGGAACCGCCUGACGCUUACACUUCAGUGCCAGAUGGUGACGGGGAUCGUGUGUUGGACGCCGAUGCCUGUCAAAAGUGUACAAUUACGGGAGAGGAAGUACCAUGUACGAUUUGCCUCGAGGAAUUUGAUGGAGAUUUGAAGAGGCACAGCGGGAAGAGCUGUAACGUCGUUAUGUGCGAUACCUGCAUCGAGAACUACUUCAAGGAUCAUACGGAACCUCACAAGUGUCCAGUGUGUACAUCGUACGUGACUGCAUCGUCUUUCAUUAAAAUAGAUCAAACGGGCCGACCAAGGCCCGCAGUUAAAAUCUUAAACGUACCGUUGGUUCUACGUCACGACACGACCAAUGAAACAACAAAUAACCGUAAAGGGACAAAGCUUUUCGGUUAUCCGCAUUUACUGAGAUUACCUUCAAGAGUGAACGCUAAAGACUUGUACGAUAUCGUGAGGAGAAACGUGCCGCACGAAGGAAGUUACACGCUUCAUUUUGUUACAGGCCAGGGUCACCAUUGUUCUCGUUGUAUCUACACUGCGCAUUGCACGGGGUGUAGCGUGCCGGAAAAUGGGAUGGUAGUCUUGCAAAACGGUGAUACUUUGGCUGUGCGUUACACGGAGCACGUUCCUAAGAUAUCACCUCCGAUCGAUCAUGUCAGCGUUAGCAAACAGAGGCCCCAUCAUCCGCUGUCUUUGUACGACUGCCUUCAAGCAUUUAGUCAGAGUGAAAUAUUAGACGAACACAAUCCUUGGUUUUGUCCAAAAUGCGAACGAAACCAGUGCGCAACGAAAACGCUUACAGUUCACAGAUACCCCAAGUUCCUCAUAGUGUAUUUGAAACGAUUUGUGUUUUAUGAGUGUGCUAGCAUGAAGUUGGAUGACAAAGUCACAUUCCCAUUAGUUGGUCUAAGCGUAGGUCGACACUUGUACGAUCUCUACGCCUGCGUUUGUCAUUUCGGAGGUGUAUCGGCUGGACACUACACGGCGUAUGCGAAAAAUCCUCGAACCGAUGUGUGGUAUUACUACAACGAUGAAAUCACAAGCAGGCAGAAACCUCAAGACGAAGAUUUUAGCAACGCUUACAUACUUUUUUACAGUCGGCAAGGGACCAAUAUAAAACCGUGCAAUAUAUAACCAGUGCUGAAUCAAAAAAUCUGGCAAACCUGGAUAAAUGCCGAUGAGAUUAAAAAGGUGGUGAAGAAGAAAGGUUAUUGGAAGUUGAAGAAGAGGUUUACCAAGUGUUGCGUUUACGUGUUGAUCGGACUACGUCGUGUUGAAUGGAAAACUGCUUACGCAAUUCAUUAUCUAUUUCUCCUAGUGAACCGCUCGUGGUCCGUCUCCUUCGUAUCUCUUUCUCUUCCUUCUAUUUUCCAAUUUCUCCGUAUUCGGAAAUUCCACUUACGAACAAGCUACGGACAGUGCAGCGUGCGCGAUAUAAAUGUGUAAAUUCGCUGACUGUCGAUUACGAUUAACCUGUAGCUGUGUGUUUUUCUCCGGCGAUUGUUUACUAUUCGAUCGAAAGAUACUUUCCUUACGAUGCUGCCGUAAUGUCAGUGAUGUUUAACGCGAAAGCAGGUUAUGUGUGGCGGUACGUUAGUACACUUGAAAAGGACUGAAGAUAUUUAUAUCGGAUCAUAGAGCGUAAAGGUACGGUCGACUUUGUACAGUAGGUGAUUAAAAGUAGACAGGAUUUUGAACAGACGUAAUUUAUUAGCGAAUAAAAGGUGAACGUUACGACUAGAAGACACUUAAAAAUAUGCCCGUUUAACGAUAGAUUGUAAACAUUCACUGUAUCAUCGUUUCAUUUUUACUCGAACGGAUACAAGACUGCUAACAUCUAUUUGUAAUCUGCAUGUACAUUGCGUAGCAAAAACGAACGUUGUAUUUGCAGAUUAUUUAUUAAAUUAGUUUUGUUGUAA